AUUAUUUAAAAAGCAAGCCGUGAAGGUUUCAUUCAGUUAAUAAGAAACAAGCGAGUUAAAAUGUUCGAGUUGAGGGUAGUUUUGGCCGGUUUGGCCCUUCUGGCAGGGUUUUGGGGCUGCGAGGGGCACACCUACCAUCUGGGCGGGUGCCCCAACAUCGAACCCAUGCCGGGGUUCAGCAUGAAAAAGAUGUUGGGAAUCUGGUACGUCGUCCAAAAAACCAGCACUGCGAGCACUUGCAUAACCUACAAUUUCACCGAGACUGACGAACCGGGGGAGUACCUCCUGGAACAGACUAGCCAACAUUUCGUGCUAGGGCUGACACCCUUGAAACACGAAUAUCACUACACUGGCCGUCUGUCAAUCCCCGAUGAGGCCAUUCCCGGCCGGAUGAAAGUCCGAUUUCCGCUUAGUGUGGCCGGAAGUGCCAGUUAUACCGUUUUCAUGACCGACUACGAUACCUACGCUGGGAUUUUUACCUGUCAAAAACUGGGAUUUGCCCAUAGGCAAUCGGCCACGAUUUUAUCGAGGGAGAAGGUUUUAGAACAAAUCUAUAUCGACAAGGUGAGGUCAAAGUUGGCCGCGGCCAACAUCGACCCGUUCGAUUUGUCAAUCAUCAGUCAGAAAAACUGUCCCAAGGGCGAAAACGGGACGAAUAUCAACAUCGACGAUGAGACUUUUUCGGCACACUCUGUAGCUGGUGUUAUUAAGAAAGCUGGGGAGAAAAUCGGGGAUGGGGUCGAAUAUGUGGCUGGAGGGGCGAAGAAAAUUUACAACAAAGUGUCCGAAAAUGUCGGUGAUGAUAACACCGAUAAGAGUAGAUUAGUCACCAUUAACCCCAAUGCCGAGUGGUUGCCAUAAAACCCGUUCGGGGGCGGAAAAGUGCCAAAUAUUGUGUAAGACUGUCAAAAAUAAAUUUUUCCUAAUUUUUCGACAA